AUGCAAGACUGUAUUCUCGUCUUUCUGCUUCUUUGCAUAACAUUCACGGAAGGAUUUCUUUUCAGUUGUAAACCAAAAUGUCAAAUUAAAGUAUAUGGCUCAAGCAAAUAUAUACUAGGAGAUAAAUUAUUACUUCAUGAAAAUUUUCAUGAUCGUGUGAAGCCUUUAGAAAAUGUGGCAAAAGAUUGUAAAGUACGUUUAUAUAUUAAAGGAUCAUAUUAUCAAUUACAAGAUCCAGCACAACAAGUCUUAGUUUCUGAAGCUGAUAUAGUCAUUGGUCAUGGUUUUCAAUUUGAACUUCGAGAUGAAGAUAACACACCUUUAUGCAAUAAAUUAUGUCUUUCGAAAAAUCCAGGAGAUAUACCGGAAGUGGCAUGUUUCUUGCAAGGUGCAAUUAAUCAUGGUUUGACAUGGUCACGAUUUAAUACAGAUGUUUUGAGUGAUGAUACAUAUGCUUCAAAUACAGUUGGAUAUCAAGCAUUGAAAAUAGACAUUCAAACAAGAUGCCAAAAUGAAAAAUUAAAACGAGAACUCUUACGAGCAUUUCGUAAGAUAUAUGAAGAGGAUGAAGAAGAUAAAAUGAAAUAA